AACUCUCCACGCCGGAUCUUGGUGGCACAACACGCCGCGAUAGCCCGGCCGGCAAACACACCUCCACCAUUCAGCACAACCCUCUACGCCGCCCUAUCACUAUGCUCCAACUUCCAUGCUCGUGGCGACUUUAAUGCCCUACUACUAUCCUCCGACCCCAUCCGCCGGGAUGUCGAACUCCUUCGAGAAGUCCGUCAAAGGCGGCACCAAAGUCAAGCUCGCCCCGCCCAAAUCCAAGUAUGUCGAGCACAUCCUCCUCGCCACGCAGUCGGGCGAGGCUGGCGUGGGCGAGGUCUUCCGCACCCUCACCCACCGAUUGCACGAUUCCACUUGGACCGUGGCGUUUAAAUCGCUCAUCAUCGUCCACCUCAUGAUCAAAGAGGGCGCCCCGGACGUGACGCUGAGCUAUCUCUCUACCAACUCAAGAGCCAUCCUGGCCGUCAAUCAGAUUACAGAUGCUCAGACGCAGGGACAGAACAUCCGGCGAUACUCGGAUUAUCUACGUACGCGCGCGCAGGCGUUUGGACAUGCAAAAUGCGAUUAUGUGCGCUCGGGAGAGACUAGGAUGAAAAAGUUGAUCGUGGACAAAGGCCUCUUGCGUGAGACAGAGGUGGUGCAAGAGCAAGUCAAGGCACUGGUGAAAUGCGAUUUCCUCAACUCGGACGUCGAGAACGAGAUCUCGCUCACCGCCUUCCGCCUGUUGACGCGCGAUCUGAUGGAUCUGUAUAACGCGGAGAAUGAGGCAAUGAUGAAUGUCCUCAGCCAGUAUUUCGAGUUGUCCCGGCCGGAUGCUGAGCGCGCAGUCAAGAUCUACAAGAGGUUCUGUUCGCAGACCGAGGAGGUCGUGGCGUUCUUGGGUGUUGCUCGGCAGUACGAGUAUGCGACUCGCUUGCAGAUCCCGAAGAUUAAGCAUGCGCCGACGGGCCUUGCCAAGUCUCUCCAGGACUAUCUGGAUGACAAAGACUUUGAAGUGAACCGGAGACAAUACCUGGCGGAACAGGAGGCGAAGAGGACGGGCAGGCCUGUGAAAAGCAGUACUCCGAUUCAGCGUUCAGAGCCGGCGAAACCUGUGGCGGCGGGAUCUGCGCAGCCACGGAGCGUACAAGUCGCAGCAGCACCAGUCCAGCCAAGUCCACCUCCAAAGGGUCCGGCGCCGGAUCUGAUUGACUUUUUCGAGUCGAUUGAGCAGAACCAGCAGGUAUUGGGCCAGAGUGUUCCGCAAUACCAGCUGCAACAUACAGGCUUUCCCGUUCAGCAGCAACAAAAUACUGGCUUUCCCGUUCAACAGCAGCAGCAGUCCUACGACUAUCAACAAAAUGGACAAUUUGCCAACAAUUAUCCACAAAACAACACGAACCCCUUCCUUCAACAAACACAACAGCAGCCGCAACAGCCACCACAAGUCCAAACCCAGUUCACGAAUGCCGGAUUUGGAGGUUAUGCACAGCAGCCUCAGCAACAGCAAUUCAUGCCCGGAAACGCAUUCAGCACAGAGCCGCAAUCCUUUGCUCCAGCGUCGACUCAGUCACCCGUGUACUACCAGUCGCCCCAGCAGACGGGAGCACCGGCAUCGAAUCCUUUCAGACAAUCGACGAUGCCAACUGCAGAUGCGCCUGCAGCUUUCAAUGCAAUUGGCGGCUCCCAGCCCGUCCGCCAAUCUACCAACCCCUUUGCGCGGAAUGCAGGCUCUACGCCCACCUCGGGCAACCCGUUCGCACCUCCUCAACAGCCUAUGCAAGCGCAAGCCACAGGUACCAACCCGUUCGCUCGGAACGCUGCACCUUUGCAGCAGAACUCCAUCAGCUCCGCCUCACCGCUACAAGCGCAGCAAACUGGCACAACGAAUCCUUUCCGGAACGCACCUUUUGUAAAUCAGCAGACGGGCCAGGGGUGGCAGUAUGCACCGCAAGCUACGCUGGGAGGGUUCGAGCAGUUGGAGACGAUCCCCGUCUUCCCGCGGCCUGCAUAGGGAGAAGGAAGGGAUGAACGGAGUACGGAUCAGCCCGGCGUUGGAGGCGUUAUGUGUGGGGUAUGAAUCACGUAUUCGCAUUAUCCAGAUGCAUGGCAGCGCGACGAGGAGCGACAUGGUAAGAAACGAAUGAA